GGCCUAUAUAAGCGCUAUAGCUCUCUCAAAUUGAUUGGGUGCAUCCCUUCGAUCUAAAGGGGCCCUUGCGCAGGUAAGUCAGGAUCUGUCUGCAAUUUGCUUACUUAAAGUACCACGUUAAAAGAUUAGCGCAUAACGCAUGUGCCAAGUUCUCCAUUGCUAGCUAGCAACGAACGAAUUUCAAAGCACGGCCCUGCCUCAAUACAUUACAUAAAAUAAAGUAUUUCACCUCGACACCUUCCUACUAAAUUAACAUUAUUUACAAGAUGUAUCACCUCGCCCUUCAUUCACAAUGUGGUAUCUGUGCCGACAUAAUAUUCAGAAAUCAGCCAGUCAUAGCACUGUUUGGUGACGAUGACUCGACUUCGUAUCGUGGACAAACGCGAGCCUUCCUUUUCCCAGAUGUCGAACCUACAAUCACCACAGUUGACGGCUUUCAGUUAUGCCGCCGCCCCAAAUGCAAAAUUUGCGCAGCUUCCCCUCACUUUAUACCUGUGCAUUACGAGUGCUUUCAUAUUUUUCAACAAUGUUGUGUUGAAAAUAUCAGCGUUUUGGAUCGGCUUUGGACAAUGGCCGCAUGGAGAAGCCCUUGGCGAAGAGCACGUCCUAUUUAUCUCUUUCGCAAUCAACCCGACCUUAAUUCGCUAAAGGCAAUAAGCCAUACCUGCCAGUUGCCGCAACUGUGCAAGCUCCCGAUUGAAUUGCUUGUUAUAAUUCAUGGCUAUUCUGAGCAUGCCUUGCUUUGGCGGGCAGUUUCAGCACAUAGCUUAGCUUCUCACGUAUCGUCUACCAGUCCAGAACCACUAUUCACAAUGCCGCUGGGUAAUAUUCUUUCCUGGAAACGCGGUGGGAAACUCGAAAAGUGCUGCGACAAUUCCUCGUCGCGCAUGCCCAUAGUGAGACUCACCAUUGAUUCUGACGGAAUCAGCAAAAUAGAAUCUACACUGGAUCGUCUUUCCAAAGAUGCGGCUCAUGUCCGAUUCGCUUACAUUGUAGAGCAAAAGCAAACAAUUGGCAAAUUGGCAGCACAGUUUAAGAACGGCCUGUUGCGUCUCGUAUUGCCGACUGGUCAACCAACCCCACGAAUCUGGAACACUCCAGACCCUCCAGAUUUAUCUCUUUGUACGCCCUAUAUGAGUGCCUAUCCUUCUUGGCAACACUUUUACGCCGUCGAUACAGGCCGUAUAGUAGGUAUUACCUUCUUUUUCUCCUCGGGUCGGCUCUUCGGUAUACAUCCUCAUUACUCCAAUACGUCGAAUGCUAUGCCGACGUACUGUCGAUUUUCACACAGACGUCAACGAGGCAUAGUCUGGGUCUACCAGCCUAUCGCGAAGCAUGACCGACUCCUUGUUUUUGGAGUGCGCGAGUCAUCCCAAAGAGAGCUCAGUGUUUUAAUCCGAUUUGAACAAAUUGGCGAUGUGGCUAUCGGGUCGUAUAUUCCAGGACCCGCAAAAGAUCGAUGUUUAGCUUGGUGUCCUCCUAUAACUCUUAUUUACAACGAGCCCAUCGAAGGGCACGAGAUUUCUUUUUUGAGCGCGUCCAGCGGAUUGUCGGGCGGGGCGGGGUUACCUAAACCUUUUGGCGUGGAGAAAUUAGGGUUAAAUCCAUUUCGUGAACAAGCCUAUUUCUCAAGGGCCCCCCUAACAGAUAUUGCCUCAGCGGAAGUGUUCUAUGAUGAGGACAAUCAGCUUUGUAAAGGUAUCAUAUUCCGAUAUCACGAUGGAGCAUGUCGAGCUGUGGGACAAUGUCGCGUACAUAUAGACGCGACAACGUGGGUAUGUCGGCCGCGGCGAUUUUGUUAUCGUAUUCACGCACGUGAUCAUCGUCAUCGAGUGAUCUACUCUCUACAGGUAACUCUGCAAGAGGCCCCCAUUCACCAGCAUGGAGAAGGAUGGAUAUGCCACCAGCUCGAUGGGAUGCUGAACUUCUGGUUUGCGCCUGACUCGUCAUUUAUAACUAUAGAAAAUUGAUCCAGAGUAAACACAUUCUGAACCAUUCGACCACUCACCAACUUUGUCGAAACCAUUUGGC